GGCGCCACUUGGUAAGGUUUUUGUCCUACCAAUAUUCCACGAAUGAGGUCAUCCUGAAGUUAUAUAAGUAGCCUAACCACGCCUUAUUUCUUAAUACCAAUCGUCAGCUAAUUUUUUUUAUUUAUUUUUAUUCAAGACCGAUUCUUCGGCAGACAGGUGGGAGAAGACUGUUUCUUCGUAAACGUUUGUUGAUGAGACUGUUUGAAAUGCCAAAGUAACAUCAAUAAAACACCGAUUUCAGCCUGUUUCAUGGACAUGUAAAUUCGAGAUCUGGAGUUAAAAACACCUAGUCUCAAGUCCCAUCAUGGCUUCUCCGGGGCAAUACAAUCCACUUCUAGAUGAAGAGCUUAGCGCCCUUGCAGAUAACAUGGGGUUCUCUGACAACUUUUCAACUUGCGUCACACCAGCACCGGGCCUUGCCUCAUCAAAAGGUCUCAGCGAGGCUUUUCUGAUAUCUUUGGCCGAUGGGAUUGAACAUGACGAACACGCGGAUUCAUUAGGUCGAGCCCUUGGUUUCAGCAACACAAAACUCACGGAAUUCCGAGUGACAAAUCACAUGAGCGGUCGAAAAACCAGCAAGGGAACGAAAGAUAUGCUCUUCGACUGGCGUCAGAAGGUUUCACCCAAUGAUCAGCAUGGUGUGAUGAGGAAAGCGCUCCUCAAGGCUGGUCUUUGCUAUCUCGCCGACUUGCACUUUGGGACAAAGCCGAAUAUUCUAUACGUCCAGAUCACGCCUACCAUGAACUUCCAAUACUGCAUAGACAUAGUGAGAAACCACUACAAGACAGUCCUUUGCCAAGUCCAACGGCGUCCAUGGGAUCCAAAUGACUACAUCAAAUUUGACCGACUGUACACCGAAUUGCAUCUUCUGCAGUACGACAGGUCGACGGGUGAGAUGCGGACCGAACCGUUCAGAGGGACUGUGAACCAAAUAAUGAGCCUCAAAGUAGAGGGGGAACCAUGGAAGCGGUUACUGCUGUUGGCGCCAGGUGGAUACGGGAAGACGUGCGCCAUAGCAAAGCUAGCCUAUGACUGGGCCUAUGAAGUGGAGGGUUCUCCAAUGAAGGACAUACCUGCACUCUUCGCCUUGCAGCUGAGGAAAGUUGAUGAUGAUAUGGGGUUAGGAGAGGCUAUCAUAUCUCAACUGCUAGGCAUCAUCCCUGGUGUUACCGCAGAAAAACUCGAGGAAAUCAUCGGACUUCACGAGAAAGAAUGUGCCCUGCUCUGCGAUGGAUAUGAUGAAUACACCAAGAGCAUCAGAGAAACGAAGUCUAAGAACAGCCUCGUCCAAACCCUACAGCACAAGCGCCUGAAGAAUUGUCAGGUUUUGGUGACCAGUCGCCCAUUCCUGGAGGAUGAUUUUCUGCAAGGAAAUCUAUCCAGAGUUUAUGUCAAGAUAGAAGGCAAAGGUUUCACACCACAACUUGCUCAUCAAUUCAUCCAUAGGUACUUUGAGGCGAGGUCCACACCAGAAGAAGAAGACCAUCUUAAAAGGUUCUUAAGGGCAAACUGCUUUCUUGGUGAACUGAUAGCUGUCCCCUUUUUCUGCACCAUGAUCUGCCACUUGCACGAGGUCAAGGCAUUGUCAGAAGCCAACACAAGAAGCAGCCUCUUCCGAAAUCUCAACAUAUUCUUGUUACAUCACGCAAAGGCUAAGAGUAUGAUAAUAUCGAGUGAAGGUCAUCACCUCGAUAAUAUCUUGCACGCACUUGGUCAAGUCGCUUUGUCAGGAUUGUUGCAGGAGAGCAGGAAGUUUGUGUUUGAAGAACGAGAUUUCAAAGACUGCCCAGAUGCGUACGAAAAGGGUUUGAUGCUUGGAAUCCUGUCAAAGAUAUCCACCCCCGUGAAGCAUGUCGACCAUGAAGCUCUGUCAAGGACAUCUGUGGAAUUUUUCCACAUAUGGGAACAAGAGUACUGCGCAAGUGUAUACCUUCAGCACCCCACUCCUGCAACAAAUCGUUUUGCCACAUUGCCGAAGAAAAUCAUGAAACCACUUUCAUCAUUCCAAAGUGUCAGGAGGAACUUGACAGAUUCUUCAUUCCAGGAACGAAUGGACCUUCAGACUCUCCUCAACACAGCGAGUUCUCCCCAAAAAACUAUCGUGUUCGAAAACAUGAUCCGUCUCUUGGCUGGAAGCAAGAACUUCCAGAUAUGUCAGGAAAUCUUCAGCCAUAUCAACCGUCUGGACUGGAGAUGUGCAGUACAGGAUCAGGGUUACACACAUUCUGACAAAUGCCGUGUGAUACUCCAUUGUGUCAGUGAAGCAGAUGCCGUGUACCUCAUCGGGAAGGUCGCCCAUGCCAUCAGUAACUGCUUCCGGGGAGGUCGACUGUCUUUGGAGAACACUACUGCCAGUAUGAUCAGAGGUAUCCGAUCACUUCCCACGGACACGAAGAUGCAGUUCACAACAGCUGAAAUCACAAAGAGCUGUCUCACCCCAAGGCUUCUGGACAGUCUUGCAGGCUGUGAAAGGCUGUCCAGUUUAGACGUACGUGACAUCGCUUCUGUUGAAGGAUCGCCCCAGGAACGCCUCCCACAGUUUUCAUCAAUCAAGAAAUUAGCUGUCUCCUGGGUCGAACCAAAGGUGUUGCGCACAUUAUCCCGAUGUAUGCCGGCGGUGGAGGAAGCCGAGGUACGCAUGCGUCUCGACGAUGACGCCGCAGAAGAAGACAUGUCCGCCAUCAUCGAAGCGGUUGGGAUGAUGGGCGCUACGCUCAAGACCUUGACAAUCUUUGCUGCAUCGGAUCUUGGGAGUGUCUCGACAGAAGCAGGUCAGGAGUUCGGACGAGUUCUUGUUGCGGGUCACCUUGAGACACUGAGCGUGUGGUUCUUGCAUAUGUCUGAGGCCGGACUCAUUGACAUCAUCAAGUCAUGUCAACAGGCAGCCCGGAUCAAGUUGGUCAGAUUCUUGAAAUGUAGACCAGUGAAACGCAACGGUGACGCGUGCAAGUUCUUGGACGGACUAGCAGGCAAAGGCGCACUGAACCGAAGAACCGCAAGGAGAAUCACUGUUCAAGUAAAUGAUAAUUCCUGGAUAAUUCCACAUGCCCUACAAGCUUCCACCAUUUGAAGAUCGAAUGCAAUCUGUAAACACAUUAUCAGCGGGAUCGCUGAACAUUACUUCAUGUCCCUGAAUCGGCUCUGUAUGCAGACGGGCCAGGCUACCUGAUAUUUAAUUCUUUGUGUUUUCUAGUGCUUCGUAUACUAUCUAUUAUGUC